CCAAUGAGACGUCCAGCUUGAAUUACCGCCAUACUGUAUGCACGCCAAGGCAUAGAACAAGCGCCGUCCCUGACCGUCUCUCUCAGCACGUCAGUCGAAGCUUGAAAAGAUACUUGGACAUCUGGUGGGAGUUCCUGCUCUCUAUGUGCAAAUCUCAAUCCUUACGUUGUGGUCUUUGCGGUUUGGAGCCUCAUACCGCGACAUUGUCACGAUCUUCGGAUAGCUUCAUGUUGAACUACAUGCCUAGCGCAGCCCUCGAGCAAUGUGGAUAAUAUUCCAAGCAUACAUCGCUACCACCGUGCUUUAAUCAACUUCGGCUCAUAAUGGAGGAAUUCCCACACGAUCCAACCCUUUGCAAUGAGGAGGAGUCGGUGCUCACAUUUCACAGCGACGACAGGCUCUGUAUUUACUGUUCGAAAGCCAUUGAGGGAAUAAUCGAGCCAAAUGAGGAGCCCUGGGAAAUUACCAUGGGUGCCUUCGAUCAACUAAGGCAUCCGAACCGCAGGGCCGCCGGCCCAGCAAUAGGGUAUCUUCACAUACAUCACGAUGGUACUGUGCGUACCUUGCGGCACGAGAGGCAUAAAUGCCCAAUGUGCUUUGUUGUGGAGGGAUACUUGUCGCUUAAGAUUAAGAUGGGAGGACCCCAGUGGUCUUUAAUAAAUGAUGGACAUUAUCGUAUCGUCUUUCAACAACACCUAAACAAGUUGGAAAUCGCCCUUGAAAUCAGAAUCGACGCGCCCCCGCCCCCGAGCGAUCGCAUGACUGAUUGGAGAUUUAAAACAUUCAUUUACGACUUAUAUGUGCUGGAAGAACCCAACGACCCUUUUUGGGAAUCCGACGGAGGGUUUCAAAUUCGUCCUAAGAACGUGGACCGGCCUUGUUUUCACACAAGAUUUAAUACCCAUCCUAGUUCCGAUGCAACGUUCAACGAAGUCAAGGUCUGGCUCCAGCAAUGCAAAGACCAGAAGCUCCAUCCCCGUUGUCAAUGGAAAAUGCAGGAGCUUCCAAAACGUAUCAUUUAUCUUGGCAUAGAAACGCCGCCCGAAUGGGUAUAUCUACAUGACGGAUGCGGCAGAAUCGAAGAAUAUGUGACAUUAAGCUAUUCCUGGGGCUCAUCACCGCCAUUCCGUACCACUUGCGAUAACAUAACAAGUCAUUUCAAUGGUAUAGCAACCUCGACUCUUCCAAAGACGCUGAAAGACGCAGUUCUUAUCGCAUCCCGUUUAGGCUUUCGCUAUAUAUGGAUAGAUGCUCUAUGUAUUGUUCAAGACGAUAAAGACGACUGGGCUGAGCAUGGUCCUGUCAUGGCCCAAAUCUACAGCAACUCCGCACUCACAAUAUCGGCGACGGGUUCCGCAGACUGUGAAAGCGGCAUAUUCACUGAUCUAAUGAAAUAUGGCACAGAAAUCGGAUCAUUCCGCCAUAGGUCAGAUGUAAAAUACCGUCGCUCGGUGUUCUUCGACCAACGAAGGGACUUCGGAGGGCCCGCUGGUCAUCUUUUCACGCGAGGCUGGACAUUCCAAGAACACCUCGUCUCACCUAGAGUCUUACAUUACACAGGCUCUGGGGUAACGUGGGAAUGCUUCAGCAUCUUCCAUCGGCAAGGCAGCCCCGAGAACCUGUUCCGAGUCAAUACUUCAACAGAGUCAGAGUGGGCAACGCAAAAUGCCUUAUACAAGAGGAUUGCCGAGCCACAAUCGCAGCAUACAUUCGAGAACUACGUGAACAGAAUGGAAGCAUAUCACAAAUGGCAUAAGUGGGUUGUCGAUUUCUCCUCACGCGAUCUCACGCAUGUGAAUGAUAAGCUACCUGCAAUGGCCGGAAUCGCAGCCCAUUUCUCUACUAAUAUGCAGAGCACUUACCUUGCUGGUCUGUGGAAGGAAAACUUCGUAAGUGAUCUGCUCUGGGAACGCAGGUCGCUACAGCUACAACACCAUACCGGGAUUGCACCGUCUUGGAGCUGGGCAUCGGUCUCUGGGUGGCUAGACUAUCAUUUUGACAGCUUUGAAUAUGUACUGACAGGGUCGCGGUACGACAUAGCGAUUUCGAGCGUAGAUGUACAAGAAUCUGUUACCGGGUCGUUUGGGCGCGUAACCGACGCACGAAUCAUAACACAUGGCUGGCUCCAGGAGGUAAAGCUGGUCCGGCUCACUUUCCUUCGUAAGCGCAAUGAACAUAGCGCUGAGCACGGCUUCGUGGAACGUACGGACGUCGCGUGCAAAUUGGACCACCUUGAGGAUGUCAGUAUGGAGCCCAUAUGGUGUUGGGCAUUGCGAAUAGGAUUGUUUGUUCCAACGGGUCUACGCUCCCCUAACGAUGCUCGCAUUGCAAUGCUGCUCCUUGACAGAGUCGGUCCGCCGCAGGACAACACAUUUAAAAGAAUUGGGUUAGCAUAUACCGUGUCCUGGUAUGAUGACAGAGGCCCUCCUCUACCGGAGGACAUUUGUGUUUCAGGAUCCUGGCAGAAAAUGGUGUUGAUCUGAGGAUGAUGCUGCAUUUGCCUCCCGUGUUCGAGCUGAGCUGGAUUCUUAUAGACUCGUAACCUUAACCUCGGAAUGUAUGUACAGCCAGCGCAGUCCGUCCGGCUCGGCAGAGACACAAUCCCAGGAACCAAACAUAGCGAAGAGCGAAUUCGUUCAGAUCCAUGUUGCACAUCCCAGCAUUCAGACGACGGUUAUGGGCGCACAGCAUGAUGCACACACAGCCACUGAUUUCAUGUCACUCCAAGGGCGUUGAACAGCCUCC